AUGAAUGAGCAUAUAUCUAAGUGUGAAGCUAAAUUUGAAGCUGGAUUUGCAACCCUAGAGAAUAGGAUGGAGCAAUGGGAGACUAGAAACUCUAAUUUGACUUCUUACGUCACUAAGUUGUCAAAUGGUAUGAGUGAACAGCAAGCUAAGGCUAGUGGGUCAGUGCCUUCCAACACGAUGAUACAUUCUAAAUCUUUGAAUGCAAUCACAUUGAAAAGUGGCAAAACAGACAUUUCACUUGCCUUACUAGACUUAGGUGUAGCCAUAAAUGUUAUUUAUGAGAGUUCAGGUAUUAGUGCCUUAAAAGACACCACUGUUGUGCUAGGUCUAGCUAAUAGGACUGUGACACACCCUAAGGGCUUUCUUAAGGAUGUUCUUAUACAAGUGAAGGGUCUUGUGUUACCAGUUGACUUCUACAUGCUAGAUAUGACUGAUGAGAUUAAAGCUGAUAGCACUUUGAUUCUAGGAAGAACUUUUCUUAGAACAGCCCAAACCAUAAUUAAUGUGAAAGAUGGGGUCAUUACCAUGGGCUUUGGGGACCAAUAG